CCCAUCGGAGCACCAUAUAUAUUUGUUUGGUGCUAAAGUUCAGUCUUUUCUUAGAUUUUUUGAGUGUUGGGUUUUAGUUUAGCCUUUGGAUUUUCUAAAGUUUCAAGCUUUAGUUUAUGGGUCAUUUUCGGAUCUGCCGUAAGGCAGAUUUAGAACAUGGAUCUGCCGUAAUUUUCAUAAAGUUUGCUUCAUUUCUCUCUCAUUUGAAAGUUUGCUUCAUUUCUGUCUCAUUUGAAAGUUUGCAUGAUAAAAUGGUAACAUGGAAAAUAUUCUAGAAACCAAAUCUAGCUGGGUCAGCUUGGAGAAAUGCAACUUCACUUGGUUUCUAUGGAAGUUUAAACGUUGUAAAUUUGUGGGUAAAAAAAAGGGUAUUGAAUUCUUUUUUCAAGGAUCAAGACUCUGUUCAAUGUUGCUGGCAUUUUUGUCAUUUCCUUGGAUAAACCGUGAAGGGGGGUUAGCCAAAAUCUAUUGUGUAUUCUGUUUAGUUCUGGUAUAUGUUUGCUUUCUUGACAUUGAAUUGAUGUAACUUACAAAGAAAACUUGGUCUUCUUGGUUCAUUUUUAGCUUGUCUUGACGUAAUUAAAGUUUGAAUCUUUGGUUCUGGUUCUUUGUCUCUUUACCCUUUAUGGGCUUUGCAUGUGAGAUGUGCCUGAGCGGUUCUAUCCUCAAUUGGGUUUCUGGGCUUUUAUUGGCUUUCUUUUCAGUUUAUUAUGUAUUAGCUUUCUUGACAUUGGAUUAAAGUAUCAAGUGAAGUCUUUUUGGUUCAUUUUCAGCUUGUCGUGGUGGUUCAUUUUGGGUUUGCGGUUGCUUGUGUUGUUUUUGGUAUAUUUUGAAUCUAAAAUUUGAUGGCUUGGUUGUGUUGGACAAGAUGAUGAUGGUAAUUUACUUAUUAAUUCAUAUAUAUGUUUAAAGGGGUCAUCUGUUAUUUGAUCAUCCAAAUUGUGGCAUCUGUUAAUGAAAUGGUGGGACUUUGAUGUAAAAAUUAUUUUCUGUAUCUUAGUUUAGUUUUUUCUGAAGUUCACUCAAUCAGUUUUUUAUUGUCUUCUUUUACCCAUUAGGCUAAUUAUCUAUUGAUUCCUUUAAACAUGAACCAUAAUAGCUUUUUUGGGACCCAUAACCUAACCCAAAAAAAUUAUCAACCACUAACUAUAAAAUCCUACAUUUGACACAAUCAAAACAAGAGCUUUUUCCCAUAACAACCAGAUCUCUCCCCGUUCUGGAUCAAGAUAACCACAAGGUCUAUAACCCAGAAACCAAACAACACUUACAAAAGAAAAUUUCAGUCUCAGAGUGGCACAGAGAUAGCUACAUUAGUGACCAAAGAAUUUAACAAAAAGAAAGAGUUGAGAGUUGAGUAGAGAAAAAAAUGCUUACCCAAGACCGUCCUUGGAGCUUGGGCUUUUGGGGUUUGUGGUUUCAGAUCUAAGGGGCCUUUGCUCAGUGUUUGUGAGAGACGGAGUCACCAAAGGAGAGAGAGAGAGAGAGAGAGAGAGAGAGUGGUCAGCUUUGGCGCUCCUCGUCGGACCUGGUCGGACAUCCGCGGUGCUCGUGGCGAUGCUCAGGUCUGUUGGGUUCCAGAGAGAGGUGCUCGGUCUGCUGGGUUCCAGAGAGAGAGAGAGAGAGAUGGCAGAGGGAGAGUGUCGGUCAGUGGGUGCCGGUCGGUGGGCGCCGUCGGUCGGUGGAGAGGGGGAGAUUUGGGAAAUGGGGGGAAAUUUUGGAAAUGAAUGUGAAAUGACGGCCACCCGCGUUUUAAACCUUUUAAAAAAAAAGGAAAAAAAAUGCCACGUGGGUAAAUAGACGCAUGAGGGACGGAGGAAGGGCGCAUGUAUAGCAUUUCUCGUGCUGGUUUUAUAUAGGAGGUCCAAGAAAAAAAUAAAAGAAAAAACUUUAAGGGCCAAUUGGACUUCUAAACAAGUAUUCUCAGUGUGAGAGCUUCAAUGGCUUGAAUCCAAUUCUACCAGACAUGUCUUCGGAGACUGAAGCCCCAUCGGGUCCUCGGAACCGGCGCUUCUCCUGCACCACCUGCUUCGAUGCCCUCUGGUUUUGCUACUCACCAGUUCAUCAAAUGCAGCAGUACUAUAGGCUCGGGGCUCUUGAUAACUGUUCUGAGAAAUGGACUGCUCUUGUUGAUUGUUUGAGUCUAAAGACAAAACGGUCUACUGAGGUUCAGGAAAUUCUAGAAAUUCGUGAGAAAGCCAAGCCUCACAUCUGGACUUAUCGGACCCCAGAAGAAGCUUCAUCUCACUGGAAAGAACUAUUUGGACAUUUAGAUGAAAUGGACUGACAGAGAUGCAACUCCACGAGCACAAAACUUCAUUGCUUCUUUUUUUUUUUUUUUUUUUUUUCCUUCAACUAUACAUUGAACAUCUGGUGAUUUGGGAACAAAAGAAUUUAGACAAAGAAUGUGGAGUAAACUCAAUUGAUUGAAUGUGCCAAGAAAGGGAGACUCAUUCAUUUUUGUAGUUCUUUUUUUUUUUUUUCACUUGUUUCUUUAGAAAUGAAUUUUGAAUUAACAAACAGAAAAGAUGAAUGGAAUAAAUAAUUUUAUGCUUGA